UGAUGUAGUUAUAGUUUUUGUCUUACAAUAUGUCUAAUGUGUAUUACAGGCAAUCCAAGGGUAACCCCUGAAGUUACAAGGGAUGUGUGUUUGCUGGCUCGAAUGAUGGCUGCUAAUUUGUACUUCUCUCAAAUAGAGGAUCUCAUGUUUGAGUUGUCUAUGUGGCGUUGCAACGACGAGCUCCGUGUUAAGGCUGAUGAGCUCCAUAGAUCCUCAAAGAGAGAUGCAAAAUAUUAUAUUGAACAUGCUCCGCCUACAACAAAGUGAUGGAGUUCACAAUGACUCUAAGAUUGAUGAUAUUGUGAUGGUGAUGUAGUUAACUUUUCUUAAAUAUGUUGAGAAUAUUUUGGCUUAUAAUGAACUUGUAAUAUAAUAUAUCAGGUUAUUACUUGAAUGAUAAUGUAAUUGUAAUAUAAUGCUAAUACUUUAUCACUUAGAUGAUGAUGAAAAUGUAAUAUAAUGAAAAUAGUUU